CAGAGGGACCGCCGGUGCUACCGGGUAAUGUGUCCGCACUAUGGUCACCAUCACAUCCAUGGUCCGAACAAACUCCUGCAGGAAUGGAUGAUGAUGCACCAGAUGAGGCCUUCACUGAGCUCAGGUCCAGGCCCCUCGGAAUAUGGGGUGUUGCUCAGAUAGCUGCUGGCACUGGGCUCGCCGUAUACGCCAUGUGGACGGGAAUCCUCCAGCCAGGCUUCCGAAAAGUCCCCUUGAGGCUCCAGGUGCCGUACAUUCCCGCCAGCAGAGCUCAGGUAGAUAAUGUCAUGACGUUGCUGAGAGGUCGAAAGGGAGGCCUCGUGGAUUUGGGAUCUGGUGAUGGCCGCAUUGUCUUGGAGGCCCAUCGGCGGGGUUUCACUCCUGCUGUCGGUUAUGAGCUCAACCCUUGGCUUAUUCGCCUGGCCCGCUUCCAUGCAUGGAGAGCAGGCCAUUACGAAAAAGUGUCAUACAGGCGGGAAGAUCUCUGGAAGGUCGACUUGACUGAAUGCAAGAAUGUCACCGUGUUUUUGGCUCCUAGCGUGCUUUCAUUAUUGCAGCAGAAGUUGCAGACUGAGCUUCCUGAUGAUGCGUUAGUGGUAGCUGGUCGUUUCCCCCUCCCUGACUGGACACCCUGCAGGAUUGAGGGACACGGCUAUGACAGAGCCUGGGUAUACAGCCUGCAAGCACAAAGACAGCACACUGAUAACAACCUCAACAAUGGACUAACCAAGGAGAAAGGAUCCACUUGAAGCUACAUUCAGUCUUUUUCCCUCUAGAAUUUUAACGUUAAAUUAUACUGUAUGUCAUUAACUUAUUGCUUAUUGACUCAGAAAUUCUGAAUUGGCAAAACUAUUAGUAGUUAUAUAAACAUGUUCAGAUUUUUCAUUACCAAAAAUUCUGCAAAUAUAUAAUAUAUAUAU